CCAGUCAUAAUGCUGCGUCUGAUAAUUAAACUCGCAUAACAGUCUGUGCCCAGGUGGUGCGAAGUUAAGGUCAUUUCAGACAGUUGUUUUGUUUUCUAACAAAAGAGGACGAAUUGGGCCGAGCUGACGGGAGUGUAUAAUGGUAUUUCUAACGUUAUCUUGCUGGAUCCGCAACCGUGGACCCGACAGGUUCUGGAAAGUACAGGAACUGCUUAAACAUGCGCGGCACUUCAGAGGGAGGAAGAACCGCUGCUACAAACUGGCCGUGCUGGCCGUCAGGAGGGCUUUCGUCUAUGCCACUAAAAGUCGAAAGCUUAAGAAGCGCAACAUGAGGACGCUGUGGAUCACACGCAUUGCAGCAGCAACACGAGAGCACAACAUGAAGUAUCCUAUCCUCAUGCACAACCUCAACAAGUGCAGCGUUCAGCUGAACCGUCGUGUGAUCAGCGACAUUGCCAUCACGGAGCCUCGGACCUUCCUGUCGCUGGCGAAGCUGGCUCGAGCUCGGCAGCAGGAAGGUUUCCGAGCGGCGCUGGGAGACGGCAAAGAGCCUUCAGGUGUCCUCUCCAGAGUUAUGCUGCAAUAAAAAGACUCACUACAGUCAUGGAUUCAAGGAGCUGUGUUGUUCAGAGACCUCAACCUCACUUUUGUCAUUUCAUCAGUAUACUUUUCAUAUAAAAUAUCUUAAAAAUUAUAUAUUUCCUCAUGUGCUGCUUCAUCAGAAAGAUAAAGUCAGACUCGUGUGUGUGUGUGUGUGUGUGUGUGUGUGUGUGUGUGUGUGUGUGUGUGUGUGUGUGUGUGUGUGUCAUAUGUCACUCUUGUUGAUAAUCUGCCUUGGAUUCCUGAAGAACUCUGAUGUUUGUCACUGGAUGAAGUAAAAAGUUUGUUCUUGAAGCAAAGUUAACAUGGGAAUCUUUCAGUGCUGGGGUCCCAACAAAUGGAGAUGUUUAUUUAAAAAAAACAACUUUACAACAAUACAGCAAAAAAGUGCCCAAAACACAUGUCUAAUGGAUAAUAUGUUCACUCUUGCAAGACUUUGAUUGAAUUUGCAACCUGCAACUUCUGAUUUGAUGAUUUUUGUUUCAGUGUAUAUAUUAUUUCUUGUGGUGAGAAUGUCCAUAUGUUUUAUUCAUUAAAUUUUUUUUGUAUAACAA